AUGGCGUCUCCAAACGCUCUCUUACGCUGGUUCGCCAUACCCAUUGCAGGCGCCCUCGCCAUCGACGCCUCCAUCUACGACGUCAAGGGCGGCACGCGCGCCGUCAUCUUCGACCGUCUGACCGGUGUGCAGGAAAAAGUGGUCGGUGAAGGGACGCAUUUCCUCGUCCCCUGGCUGCAGAAGAGUAUCAUCUACGAUGUACGCACAAAGCCGCGGAACAUCUCGACGACAACGGGCUCCAAGGAUCUGCAGAUGGUCAGCUUGACCCUGCGUGUGCUGCAUCGUCCGGAGGUGCCAAACCUCCCGAAGAUCUACCAGUCAUAUGGUACCGAUUACGACGAGCGUGUUCUCCCCUCCAUCGGCAACGAAGUCCUCAAAGCCAUCGUCGCCCAAUUCGACGCCGCCGAGCUGAUUACCCAAAGAGAAGCUGUUUCCAACCGAAUCCGCACUGAUUUGAUGCGCCGCGCCGAGCAGUUCAAUAUUGCCCUUGAAGACGUAUCCAUCACACACAUGACUUUUGGAAAAGAAUUCACGCGAGCUGUCGAACAGAAACAGAUUGCUCAACAAGACGCCGAGCGAGCCCGGUUCAUCGUUGAACGCGCUGAACAAGAGCGUCAGGCCAGCGUUAUCCGCGCCGAGGGUGAAGCCGAGAGUGCCGAAAUCAUCAGCAAAGCGGUCCAGAAGGCUGGUACUGGUUUGAUUGAAAUCCGUCGUAUUGACGCUACCAAGGACAUUGCCGCGACCUUGGCCAGUAACCCCAACGUCACUUAUCUUCCAGGUGGUGAAGGAAAGGAGGGUGGUAAAAGCACAAGUUUGCUCUUGGGCUUGAGGAGUUAA